CUGACAUCCCUUUUCCGGCAAGUUUGACUCGCCCUGCUUAGUUUACUCGGUCCAGGGUGAAUUCAUCCAGACUUCAAAGUUUGUGUGCUAAAACUAAUCGUGGGCAAGUUAUAAAGAAACACACCGGCUUCAGAUGUUUCAAUCACAGCGAUGGAGACGGAAGGAACUUAAGUGUUUCGAUAAACGAGUUAAGCUCGAGCGCUCGUGCUCCAAGAUAAUCGUAAACGGGACAAAGUAGGCCAGUUGGUGACCCCGACUAAGUCGUUGUUUGGGACUAGAGGCGACCCUGGUUGAUCAAGUAUAGGGUCCCCCUCCAAGCAGCGAGACUACACACGAACUUUUCCGUUUGUGUCUCGGUCUCACCCGUCCACCAUUGUGCAUUUACAGGAUAGCAUGGGGGAUUUCUUUCCCCCAAAGAGGAAAGACGUUGUGGAUCGUUUGAGGCGGCGCAUCGAGUUUUAUCGCAGACAUCAAAAUGGCACCUAUACUCGCUACCAGAACAACUUCCAAGAACUGACCGAGCACAUCCACAAAGACACUGAAGUGUAUCACCAGAAGUGGUUAGACAGCCGAACCAAGAAAGCUUCAAAACACUCCCGUGUGUCCAGGGAUAGUAGUGACAGCAGUAGACAAGUAGCCAACACGCAAAAAUUGAAAAGGAAACUCGAGGGGAACAAUGGCGGUGAAAAUAUAGACUCGGGUUACCAUUGUGAUCAGGCAGCCUCGCCACAGGCCAAGCACAGUAGACCUUCCACGGCAACUCAGAACAGUGUGGGCAGCCUGUCAGUCCAAGUCCAGAUUAAAUCCCACUCAGAACAUCCCCAGAACAGCCAGACUGACCUCACUGUCAGUGCCACUGUGCGCACACACGCUGGGGCUCUGAACGACGGCACCAAUGUUCACACUAGCACUUCUGUAGACUGUAAACAGCCUAAACAGGAGCCUAUAGAGGAACAGAGCUGCAGUCCCCCACUGGAUGGCACGGAUGUCAAUGUCGAUGAGCUCCAGGAUAUUCUAGACACACUCGCAAAGGAGGAGGGGGAGGGAAUCCCCCCAGAACUGAUGAAAGAAAUACCAGCAGAUAUUCUCAAGGAUUUUGAUAUCAUUACACACUGUGCAGAUGCCAAGGACAAGAGCCCAGGAGGGAGUACAUAUUCAAACAAUGGCAUGAUGUAUGGGGGUGCCACUCAAAGCAUGCAUCCACCCCAGUUCCCUGAUGGCCAACAGGGCACCCCUGGGCCAAUCUUUGAUCAGCAUAUGAACCCUAUGAACUCUGUGCCCAGUGGUCCCCCCAUGCCUGCUGCUACCAAUGCCUACAGGCAACAGCCACAGCACCUGCCUCACACGCCCAACACAGGGGGGCCACCACCCUCUUUGCUUGACACAGGGGGACCUGCAGCAGAGACAUUAAAACAAAUGGCUGCUCAACAUCAGAGCUCGGGGGGAGGGUACCCCAAUAUGGCAGCCAAGCCACCGUAUGCCGAGCAGCAUGAGAUGCAGUACUCCCGAGGUGCGUACCCUGGGUAUCCCCAGUCUGCCAUGCCAUAUAACCAGCAAGGGGUGUACCCUUACAGCCAGCAGGUCCCCAGGGCGGGGCCAGGGGAGGUGGAGGUACAUCGGCAGCAGCUCCCCCCUGGUCACCCCAUGGCAGGGGGCAUGCAGGACCCCUCUUUAUCCUACGCAGGCACCAAGCCUCUUUCUCAUUACUCUCCUGACAUGAUGAAUGGGAUGCCACCAUCGUCAUUACGUCAGCUUCAGAAUCAGUUUGGUCCUGCAUCAAGCCAGGGGCAAGCUCUACCUGGAAAUUCUCUGCAAAUUACACAGAGCCAGAACAUGGAGGUGAUGCAGGGAUCACAGAGAAUGCAAGUGUCACAGACACAACAUAUGAACAUUAACGCAGGGCAGGGGACCCCCAUAUCUAUGGCUCAGAGACAGUCCUUUAACAUUGCAGCACAACAUGCACAAAACAAUGCUCAGUAUAACAUGAACGAGCAACACAUGCGUAUGCAGCAACAGCAGCAGCAUGCACACAUGAUGCAAGCGAAAAUGCGUCAGGAGGAGCAGCAGAAACGGGAGAUGGAACAGCAGCGACAGCACCAACAACAGCAGCAGCAGCAGGCGGCACACAUGCAGUACCUCAAUAACCGUCCGCCACCUCCGGAGUAUAAAAUGCACCCGGGCUCUGCUCCGCCCCAUUCAGCGGCAGCUGCAGCAGCAGCAUACCAAGCAAGCAUGGGGUCCAGCAACCCUUUACAAACCAUGCAAAACAUGGUCAAUCAAACAAGUGUCAAUCAAAGUGCUGGCUUUGGACCUGUAAAAAGUGAAAACCUCCCAGGGACCCCUGGGACAGUAGGGCCCCCAGGGAUUCAGGCAGGGUACUCUGCAGGAAUGCAGAGGCAGCAAAGUUACCCUGGGGCUCCAGGCUCUCAGUCGGCAUACAAUCAGCCCAGCAAGCCCAGCACCCCCACGUACACCAGCCCUCUGAUGAGAAAUGAGAGGCCCCCUAAUGUCAAUGUGGGUCCUGCAGGGUUGAACAUUUCUGAACAGCGGACCCCAAAUUGGGGUCGCAGCCAGAGCCAGGGCCCUCAUUACCCUGGCAUGGCCCGCCCCCCACAACAAAUGACACCUCACAGUAUGAUGCAAUAUGGGAGCUUUGCUGCUCAAAAUGGCACCUACUCAACAGCGGGGUCAACAGGAGGGAUGCAGGCCCAGCGUGCAAUGAUGUCAGGAGGAAUUCCCCCUGGCUCUCUUCCCCCAGGGGCGGCACAAGAGAAUGCAAUGAUGCAGCACAAUAUUCACAUGCAGCAGCAACAGAUGAUGAUGGCAGGGGGUGUACCCCAGCAAGGCCCCCCUGGGAGAAACUAUCAAAAUGGCGGCUAUCCUUUAGACAAUUCAGGAGAUCUAUUCGACUCUGUGAACACUCAAGGUACAGAGCUGAGUAUCUUGGAUCAAAUCUUGGGCUGACCUCCGCCCACAGAGAGUAUGUUGUUGUUUUCAUCGGCGGGUUAGGAUUCUUAUAGGUACAUGACCAGAAGUGUGAGAUGGAUUUGCUCAAUAUUUUUAUUUUCAACUUCAAACAGCAGCACAUCGAGCAUUUGGUAUGUACUCGGACCACAUGAGUUUGUUGGCAUAAAUCAAAGAGUUCUGGCUAUGGUUAAGUCUAGCUUUGAUUUUGUGUCGAGGCAAAACCCAACACUUGUCCAACAGGGAACAGUGACUGGAAGUUCUGGUCAUUUUCCGACUCCCAAGAGACAUCAAAAUUAAUAUUGGUAAAUCAUUGGGGAGAAAGAUUUGUAAUUCUUAUUAAUUUCACAGUAUUAGUAAUCUUUCAAAAAAAGCAUACUAUUAUUGGAAAGCUGUCAAUUACUAUUCCAAAAACCAACUUCAUACUUUGUGCACAGGAGCGUCGAGAUUGUUGUCUAUCUGACAGGCCUUAGACAUUUAUUGAUGGAGAAUCCAGUGAAGAAACCCCUAGUGCUGAAAUUACCAACAAACUGCCACCAGCAUGGACAGUUUAGCAAAACUACUAUAUAUCCAAGUAAGGGGGCAGCUUACCUACAGUGAAGGGGGCUGGAUCAUGAAUAUUCCAUGAGUGCACUUGAAAUCCAUACAGGGGUACCUUUGCAUUGGACUGGACCUAAAUGUGGAUGGCUAUGAGGAUGGAAAUCAGUGCAACUAAAUAGAGUGAUGGGUCUGCAGUGUAAACUGAGUUUGACGUAAUUAAGGGAAUGAUUGAAAAGCCAUUAUUUAAUUGAUCCACAGAAGUUGUGCUCGCGGUUCAUUUCAGAGGACCAUGUCUGGUUUCUUCAUGGAUUGGGUUAUAUUUUUUAAUCUGGAGAUCUAUACAAGUUGAAAUAGGCUCUUCUUCACGAAGAUUGCUUGUACAUUAUCAAAAAUGAAACUGUUCUCAUAGGGGCUAUUUUUACAGAUGAUAGAAAUAUUUUGACAUAAAUUAGUCAUUUAGUUUGUGAUUACACUUUUAAAGUGUUCUUUGUAGAACUUAUGUAAAGUAAUCAAUGCACAUGUUAUCUAUUUAGAUAUUGUAAUCAUUUAAUAUGUUCAUAAUUACCUGUAUACACUGUACACAUUAUAUAUAAUAUAUUAUAUUAUUAUAUUAAAAUUA